AUGGUACAAACAGUUCCAGAUACGGUCAUUACUGGCUAUGAUGAAAUUUAUACAAGUCAUCCAAGAGCUAAAAAAAACAGUCAAAGUAUAACGGAUAAAAUAUCAAUGGAAUUUAAAAAUGCAGCUAACGGUGUCGUACAUGCUUUUAACAAUUUUUUUGGUAAAGUGAAAAAUUUUAUGAACGGAAAUGAUGGUACCAAAAAUUAUGAAAAACGUAGCUCCAAUAACAAGAAAAUUACUUUAGAUGUUAAUAAUAACAUCAAAAGUGAGUUUGAUAAUGAAACACUGAAAAUGGAACAUGAUAACAGCGUAGAAUAUGGUCAAAUCGAAACUAAAGAUACAGUCGACGUGUCUGCUGACAGCAACGAGGAAAAGUUAGUACAAAAAGAUGAGAAACAAAAGCGUGAUCGUUAUUUUUAA